AUGAAGGCAGCUGCUGUGGGAGUCUCAGGCCAGGAUUCCCAGGACCAGCUGAAGCUGCCACGCAUUGUUUGGACCAAUCUUGUCUUCCAGGUUCCCCAGCGUAAGAUCCCAUCCGAAGUGACAACUAGAAAAAACAGGAGGCAAGAGAGAAAUUUAAUAGCAGCAUCCAAACAAGGUUUCAGGAGUGAAGAUGGAAUCAGAAACAAAAAGAACAGGGAAGGAAAAUGGCCUCCCCACUGGACAGGUUGCAGCCAAGAAAAUGCACCAGAAGAUGGACAAGUGUCUACACUACCAGGAUCCCAAGAUAUGAAUCCACCACUUUUGCCAGCCCCAAAGAUCUUGGUCACCUCCGAAAAGCAGCCCCCCCGAAAGAUCUUAGUUGACCUUCGACCCCUCCUGGAGAAUGUCAUCGAUCCUGUGGACUCUUGGCCAAAGAAACCAUUGGAGAAACAGCUGCAGCAGGAGGAGUGUCCUCCUUCCACCUCUGGUGAUUUUGGAGAUGAAGGUUGCUUGGAAGGAGGAGGUGAAGAUCAGGCUCCCGAAACGCCUGCUGGCUUCCCCAAGGAUCGUGGGAUUCCCAGAGUUCAUAUCUUCUUGCCUCCUAUUGGAGCCUCCAAGCUCUACAGGAAGAAGAUCAAGAUCGCCAAAAGAACCACUUGGGCGCCUCCAGGAGGAUCAACACAGCUUCGGAAAAUCACCUUGCCUUCCAUCCAGACUAUCCAACCACAAAUCCAAAUGCCACUUCUCUUCUCCAAGAGUAACCUCCAGAAUCAUGUUCCACUCCAGGAAAAGAGACCAGCAGAACCAGGAGGACCGGGAGCUCCUUGGGAGCCGCCCACGGAUUCCUCCCCGGAUUUUCAACUUCCCACCCAACUGCUUUUGCAAAAGCUGCAGGAAAGGACAACGAGUAGCAACCAUCUGCUGAUCGCAAAAGUCUUGCAUUCCUUGCGGGAAGAGCUGCUGGGGAGCAAUGCAUGUCAGUCAGAUCAAAGGGAAAAACGGAACGACUUCCUGGAGCGUCCUCCGAUUCAGUCCUGGAAAUAUGGCAAAACAGACGUGGGAGAGAAGGCAUUUGAGGUCACUGAUAUGGAGACUGCCAAGAACAGGUUAAUUCGAUUGAUCAGGAAUCGCAACAGCUUUCCUCAAGGUACAGGUGUGUUACAGGUGGCCCCAGGACCUUGA